CCCACACAUCCGAUUUUCUCGUGAUUUUUUUAUCAGUUGGAAAUAAUCGAGCUCAACGGUUGAUUGUCUAUGAAUACCUAAAGGCUGAAAUGGCUUAUGCUGCUGUUGUUUCACUUGCACAAACCAUAAACCAAAUCCUAAAUCACGAUCACACUCCCACUAUUCUUCCUCUACAUCAACAAAUCAUCAGAUCCAUCCGCGAAAACGCCGUCGUCUUGCAAUCGUGUCUUCACAACUCUCCCGGAAAAGCCAAUAGUUUGGAAAGCCAAAUCAGAGACAUCGCAAAUACCGCAGAAAAUCUAAUCGAUCUAUUUCUCUGUGAAAUAAAUCCAUCAGAUUUCAGAUCGCGCUUUUCUGAGCUGGAGAUCCAGCUGAAGGAAGCAUCAGAGAAACUGAAUUCCACCGCCGGAGAUGCGGUAGCCGAGAAGCUUAAUUCUACUGCUGUCAGCUCAUCGUUGAGACGUGCAGCCAAAAGCAAAGACGUGGUGCUUGGUAGUCAUGAAGAUCUGUUUUGGAUCAUGAAGCAGCUGACUUUUGGUUCUUCUUCAACCAAACUGCAAGUCCUCCCAAUUGUGGGAACUGGAGGUAUCGGUAAGACUACACUUGCUAAACUUGUUUAUAAUAGUCCACCAAUUAUGGAGUGUUUUGAUAUUCAAGGUUGGGUGACAGUUUCGCAAGAUUAUAGUGUAGGAAGUAUUGCUUUAGAUUUGCUAGCUUCUGUGAAAGGAAUUUUAGAUGUAGAGAGCAAGAUCUCUAAGGAGGAUAGAAUUAACCAAUGCUUAAGGGGUAAGAGGUAUUUGAUUGUAAUGGACGACGUGUGGAGUACGAGAGUUUGGGAUGAUGUGAGGGAGUUAUUUCCCGAUGAUGAUAAUGGAAGUCGGGUCAUUCUAACCACGAGGCUGCAAGAUGUGGCUGCAUAUGCUAGCCAAUUUGGUCCCUCUCAUACGGUGCGUUUCUUGAGUGCGGAUGAUAGUUGGAGUUUGUUGCGAGCGAAGGUGAUUGGAGAUCAACAUUGUGCUCCUGAAUUGGAACAAGUUGGGAGAGAAAUUGCAGCACAAUGCAGAGGGUUGCCUCUUUCUGUUGUGGUGGUGGCAGGGAUUUUAUCCAAGAUUGAUAGGACUUAUCUGGUUUGGAAGCAAAUUGCAGAAAGUGAUGGACGACCGGAAACUAUAAUCUCUUUGAGUUACAACCACUUGCCUCAUCAUCGAAAGGCUUGUUUCUUGUACAUGGGAGGCUUCCCAGAAGAUUAUGAGGUUUGUGUCUCAGAACUCAACAAAUUAUGGGUAGCUGAAGGCUUUAUACAAUGUUCAGACGCGUCUAAAAGGUUAGAGGAAGAGGCGGACAAUUGUCUGGAGGAUCUUGUCGAGAGAGGUCUUGUUUUGGUCACUAGCACCAACUUUGAUGGAAAAAUCAAAAGGUGCAAACUCCAUGAUGUUGUGCGGGACUUUUGCAUAAGAGAGAGUGGACGAGCAAUGCUACUUCUUCCAGUUGUGGAUUACUUACCGAGUCCUAUCUUGAGAAGACAUUUUCUUCCACGAGUCAUGAAAAAUCAUAGACGCAUAAGUGCUACUUGGUCCGAUCUAGAUCUCAAGGACUCUAUGCAUAGCUCACGGACGCGUUCUAUUAUUUGCAUCCCACAUAAAGGUUAUAGGCGUUCAGGCUGUGUAAAGAAUUUCAGUUUGCUUAGGAUUCUUCAUGUUUUGCGUAGAAACGACUAUUGGGAUUGGGAGCCAAGUCAAGUGUUUGAUCUGAUUUAUCUAACUUACCUUGCUUCCAACAUUCCAACUAAUAUUGUUCCUCCAGCCAUAUCAAAGCUGAAGAAUCUUCAAACGUUAAUUAUUUAUCGAUUUGAGGUUCGUUUGCCGGUGGAGAUUUGGAGGCUGAGGCAAUUAAGACAUCUAAUUGCCUUCUCCUUUCUUCCUUUGGCCCAUCCUGAAGAAGCAGCUCUUCCUCUGGAAAACUUGCAAACACUUUCUUUGGCAACUGACUUUAUAUGUAGUGAAAGGAUGAUGGAAAUGAUUCCAAACAUUCGAAAGCUGGGAAUACGCUACUCUGAAGAGAAGUUUGGGGAAGGCUGUCAUCUUGGCAACCUUACAUGUUUGCUUCAAAUUGAGAAAUUGAAAUUGGAGUCGCAUCGAUCAUUCUGGCCGAGUUUGAAUCUUGUUUUUCCUCUGUCACUGAAGAAGUUAACGUUAAGUGGGUGUCGUCUUCCUUGGAGUGAUAUGCAGAUUGUUGGUUCGUUGCCUAGUCUUCAAGUGUUGAAACUAAGGAAGUAUGCUUUCGAUGGGGAGCAAUGGGAAACUACAUGGGGAGGAUUUUGUCAGUUGAGACUGCUGCUUAUUGACGAAUCAAAUCUGCGGUUUUGGAGAGCUAGAAGUAGCCACUUUCCGAGGCUCAAGAGCCUAAUGCUUCUUCGUUGCCUGUGUUUGUCUGAGAUUCCAAUUGCUUUUAGGACGCUUCGAACACUUGAACUGAUUGAGAUCGAUGAUCAUAAUCAAUCUAUUUUCGACUCAGCAAAAAAGAUACAAGCAAGAUGGGAUGGAGAUGUUCAAGUAAGUGUGAAGCAUUUUUGACAUGCUCUUUCAAACUUGACUCUGUUGCUGUUGUCAACAAAAGCCAGUAACAGGUUUUGUCAAGUGUUGAAAAGACGAGUGAGGAAAAAUAAAAGCGUGUAAUGGUCAUCGGUCAACCCCACCGCCGAACAUUUCAUCGCUAAUUCUCUCCUCUUUCCCUUUCCAAUAUGCAGUAGCAAUUC